AUGUCGAACCCAGACGGAUUUGAGAUGUCCCGUAUGGGCGUCAAGUCUGCCCAUUUCAGUGUCAGCGAGCAACAACGUGGCCACAGUCGUUCGGGGUCAAAUGGUGGUUUCAAUGGAGGAGUCACCACUUCCAUGUCGAGUGGGAAACGCUUAGAUAGAGGAUUCGGAUCCCUGUCCAUUCUGUGUCUGUCGAUCACGCUGCUCUCAUCGUGGGAGGCCGUUGCCAACCGGCCUGGUUUGGGGAAUGGUCUUGUCGCUCUUCGGGACGACUCUCAUCUUGCUCUCGCUGGCCGAGAUGAGCUCAAUGACUCCCCUGCCGGAGCGCAAUACCACUGGACUGCGGCCCUCGCGCCGCCGCGCAUUCAAGCAUUCAGCACCUGGAUUCAGGGCUGGAUCACGGUGUUUGGCUGGCAGGCCUCCACCACCAGUAUCUGCUACUUGAUCGCUUCCCAGAUCCAGGCCAUGGUUCUCUUGAACAAUCCGGGUUAUGUACCCCAGCAGUGGCAGGGCACAUUGAUCAUGUGGGCCGUCAUUCUCGGUUCCGGCCUGGUCAAUAUCUACGGCAUCAAGAUGUUACCCGCAUUGCAGAUGAUGGGUGGUAUCCUGCACAUCACCCUCUUCAUCGCCUUGGUCGUUCCUAUCAUCUUGCUCAGCCGUCGAAGCACUCCGGAAUUUGUCUUCACCGAACUUCUCACCGCUGAUGAUGGAUGGCAGUCGCCGGGUGUCGCAUGGUGUCUGGGCAUGCUCACGGUCACGUAUUGCUUCCUCGGUUUCGAUGGGGCCAUUCACAUGAGUGAAGAAGUGCGCAAUCCCGCCGUCGUCAUCCCUCGAGUCUUGGUGCAGACCAUCGCCAUCAACGGUGUCCUCGCUUUCGUCUUUCUCAUCGUCAUUCUUUUCUGUAUCGGCAGCGUCGAAAACGCCUUAAGCCCGCAGUACUUGUUCCCCAUCAUCGCCAUCUUCGGCGAGACCACCAAUUCAUCCAAGGCCGCCACGGCCAUGCAAACCGCCAUCACGGGAAUUGGUCUGAUUUCCAACGUCGGGGUGGUUGCCUCCGUUUCACGGCUGACCUGGGCGUUCGCCCGCGAUGGCGGACUUCCUUUCUCGCCAUACUUUGCUCACGUCGAUCGCCAGCACCGCGUCCCUAAGCGUGCCAUCCUCCUCGUCUCCGGCGCGGUCAUCAUUCUUUCCGUCAUCAACAUCGCCUCCGAAACUGCGCUCAGCGCCAUUCUCGCUCUCUCCACCAGUAGUAUUUACAUUUCCUAUCUCAUCCCCAUCGUCAUGAUGAUCAUCCGCCGCUUCGACUCCAGCCGCGGCGCAAUUCCCUUUGGACCCUGGCAUCUUGGCCGUUACGGCCUAGUCAUCAAUAUCCUCGCACUCAUUUUCGGUCUCUUCGUCUGCAUCUUCGUUCCUUUCCCCACUCAAAUCCCUGUCACGGCGGCCAACAUGAAUUGGUCCGGCCCAGUCUUUCUAGGCGUCUUUCUUUUGCUUCUUGUCGAUUGGACCUUUCGGGCUCGGCAUAAAUUUGUCGGGCCCUCAAAAGAUCUUUUGUUUGCGAGAACUAAGGCUUGUGCGUCGUAG